AUGUCUUCACCAGUUGAAUUUAAUUAUUCCCUUCCAAUCCAAAGAGACGAUGGCCAUGUCUACCACAUGCCAAACUUCACCAGCGAAUUAUGGCUAGCAAGAGCUAGAAAUUCAGAAGUACCGGACCUGAUACAUGAUGCCGUUGGGUAUUUAACAUCAGAAGAGGAUCGAUCGAUCCAGAUGAACCGAAUUCCACCGAACCAAAAAGUCUUCGUCAACGAGAAUGAGAAUGCGUCAUUCACAGCUCAGCAGGUUGACUCGAAGACUAUCCAAGAAGAGCUACCUAGCUUCGUUAUGGAAGGUAUCUUAAAGCUACGAAAGAUGUUCCUCCGUCGCGGAGAAGGCAAAGACUCUGAGAAGUGUAGGUUCGAAGAAAUUCUUAGAUCUGAUAGGGGAGAAACGAGUCGCACCUACACCAUAGGAUGGUCGAUUCCACCAAACGGGGAUAGUGGCGGAGUUGCUACAACAUCGAAGGGCCACGUUAAGCAUUGCGAUGAACUUGCAGAAGCUACUCAAUUGAUUGCCAAGGUUUCACAGGCAAUCAUUCGAUAUGUCACUCCUGCAGAAGAACUGAGAGUACUUGAGUUACAGUCUGAAAUCGAUGUAUCGUACACGGCUGGCGACGAGGAAAAUAGAAAUUUCUCAACCAUACAGGUCAACUACUCCAAUGUGGACACAGUCUCUUUGUCAGUUGAAAUGGGGAAGUCUGGAUCGUUACACAUAGACGCGAAGGAUGACCCAGCACGGAUGUCGGUGCUCCUGAACUUGUCCAAUCUUGUUGAAGGAUGCUGGCCUGGCAUAUUUACCAUAAUGUCACUUCGUGACUACUGGGUAUUUGCACCGUGUGAUGCUCUAGUCUUCAGAGCAAGACAUCCCCAUCUCGGCAUUCCACCAAGGAUGAUGGGAGACUCGCCGAGGAAACCAUACGUUGCACCAAUUCCGAAAUUGGCGUGGAUGGACCCAGACUUAUACAAUUAUUCCAGACUGGUCCUCGUCGCCUACCCACAGAGAAAUUUGAUGAAUCGUGCGCCGACCUUGAGAAGUUACAAGAUGCCCGAUCAUUAUCAACAAGAUAAUCCAAUGGCUAUCACCUUUCCUCAUGGAGAAGCUUUCGCGCUUGCGGCAUGGGGGACACUAAGACAUCAGCACGAGAAGAUCGCAAUGCAAGACGCUUGGCAUCUUGCUCACCGCCACAGCAGUGGCUCAUUAGCUGUAUUGCCGUCUGCCAAGUCGAUUGCAAAAAGGGAAGCGUGGAAAGACGAAGACGGGAAUCUUGUUCUACCUCGCGUAUCAAGAAUUCAAACAGUUUUGGACGGGAAUUCCGCACAGUCUCGAGACUCUGCUCAAGCGAAAGCAUUCGCCAGACUUAGAGAGAUUGCAAAGGCAUCUCUUUCUCAAGACUACUUCGGGCAACGAUCGUCACACACAGAAGCUAAAUACGUGAGUGUGUUGGGUUCUUCGCUUAUUGAGCCACCAAAGGUUGCGCCAGGGAAGAAACUCACGAAGGCUGCCACUCAUGCAAUAUUUGGAGAGAACCCAUAUUUGUGUUCUCUCUGUGACAAAAGGGUUCCAAAUCCCUUGGCUAUGAAGACCCACUUUAAGACUUCCCACAAGAAUGACAGUGCCGAAGGGUUUGAAGCCGUCAUGCCGACAAGAGACCCAAACCAUCUCAAGUAUCUACAAGAGGCGGGGGCUUCAAGUCUGGCGGAGAGCUCCAAGAAGGCUGGCAAGCGUCGAAGAAUGUCUGAUUCAAUGAGUGAUGAACCGCCAGCACAGAAAAUAAAGGCAGAGGAUCCAGAAGAGGCUAUUGUGAUUUCUGAUGAUGAGUAG